AUGUUUACUCAGGACCAGCCUCGCCUCCGCAACUGGAUUAACGGUCAGUUCGUCGACGUAGUCGCCUCGGGCUCAGACCAACCCGUCAAGACAAUCCCUGUCACCAGCCCCUACAACGCAAGGGUCAUUGGACAUGUCCCGCUCUCCACUGCCACCGACGUUGCCGACGCUGUCGCUGCUGCUCAAGCCGCAUUUCCCGCCUGGUCAUCGCGCACCAUCAAGGACAGGGCCGCUAUCCUGAUCAAGUUCCACUCCCUCUUGACCAAGCAUGUUGACCAACUGGCCGAUAUAGUCGUCUUGGAGCAUGGCAAGAACAAGGCCGAGGCCAUUGCCAGUGUCCUCAAAGGCCAAGAGACUGUCGAAUACGCCCUUUCUUUGCCUCAGGUCGUCCAAGGAAAGAUGCUCGAGGUGUCCAGAGGAAUUACUUGCUAUGAUACCCGCGUUCCAUUGGGAGUCAUUGCCUCAGUCGUCCCAUUCAACUUUCCAGUCAUGGUGCCCAUGUGGACUUUGCCUAUUGCCAUCGCCAUGGGCAAUACCAUGGUGCUCAAGCCAAGCGAGAAGGUCCCGUUCACCAUGACCAAAAUUGUUGAGCUCCUCAAGGAAGCAGGAUUGCCUGAUGGCGUUGUGAACCUUGUCCAUGGAACUGCUGAUGCCGUCAAUGCGCUCAUCGACCAUGAAGACGUCAAGGCAGUGACGUUCGUGGGAACUUCACAUAUUGCCGAAAUGGUCUCCCAGAGAUGUCACAAGCUCAACAAGCGCGUCCUUGCCCUGGGUGGCGCCAAGAACCAUAUGAUCUCGGCGCCCGACCGCAACAUUGAGAUGACUUCGACGGAUGUAGUCAACUCUUACAGCGGCUGCAGUGGUCAGCGCUGUAUGGCUGCUACGGUCCUCUUAACGAUUGGUCAUCAGCAGGAACUCGUCGACAAGAUUGUUGCCAAAUCAGAGGCCCUUCGCCCAGGAAGCACGGCAGGAGCGGUGGGACCCGUCAUUGAUCAAGCGUCGGUAGACAAGAUCACUCGGUACAUCAACGAGGCUGAGGCGUCUGGUGCAAGGAUUCUCGUUGAUGGGCGUCCAUGGACCAAGAACCAGUCCGAAGGCUUCUGGGUAGGACCUACCGUCAUCCUGCAUACCAACAAGCAGGAUGCUGCUCUUCAUGACGAAAUCUUUGGACCCGUCUUGUCGAUCCUUGCUGUCGACACCGCAGAAGAGGCAUUGGCUAUUGAGAACGCCAACCCUUACGGCAAUGCAGCCUGCAUCUACACCAGCUCAGGAGCUAUUGCGGAUCACUUUACCAAGCGCUUCAGUGCCGGCAUGUGUGGCGUCAACAUUGGUGUCGCUGUCCCAAGAGAGCCAUUCUCGUUUGGCGGAUGGAACAAGAGCCGCUUUGGAAACCAUUGUGAUAUUACUGGAGAUGGUGGAGUCGAGUUCUUUUCGAUGAGGAGAAAGGUCACGACCAAGUGGGUCGCUCAGGAGAAUGCCUCCUGGAUGAGUUAA